AUGUUUUUCCUCAAAGAAGAGACCAAAGUUAUCUCAUUACAUCCGUCGUACUUCGGUCCAAAUGUGCGCGAAUAUCUCAUCAAUCGCUUAAACGAGGAGGAGGAGGGGCGAUGUACCGGAGAUCACUUUGUGAUAUGUGUCAUGGACAUGGUGGACAUCGGCGAGGGGCGAGUGCUCCCAAGUAACGGGCAGGCUGAAUAUACAAUCAAAUAUCGAGCAAUUAUCUGGAAGCCCUUCCGUGGGGAGACAGUCGAUGCGUCUGUCACGUCGGUGAAGCCCACAGGGAUUUUCACCCUAGCCGGCCCAUUGUCGGUUUUUAUUGCGCGCAAAAAUAUUCCCUCCGACAUCAGAUGGGAGCCGAACACAGUGCCACCACAAUACACUGAUCAUGCGGAUCAAGUUAUCGAGAAGGGCACCAACCUUCGGCUUAAAAUUCUUGGUGUCAAGCCGGACGUUGCUGCUAUCAAUGCGAUUGGGACAAUCAAGGAAGAUUACCUAGGACCGCUAUAA